UACGGCCCCGCCCCACUGUGGCGCCUAGAUUACGAUCUGCGCCUGCGCGGGGAAAAUUUUUGAACUGAAGGGCGGUUAAGAAGAGGCGGUUCUCCACGGUCGGUCGUUAUGACAGCGGGGGUGGGAAAGGUAGACCUUGACGGGGCUCCUGGACUGGAGAAGGGAAUUAUAGUAGCAGCUAGACGUGAGGAGAACCGAGGGCUGGUGAAAAGGAAGAACGGAGGUUUAAAUCUUUAGGCUGAGGACAAACGGCUUGCGAAGGUGGGGAAAGGUAGCUCUCCACUGUCUGCACCAAGCUUGAUUGUUGUUGGAGAAAAGUUUAAUACUAGCAAAUGAAAAAAACUGAACUUGUAUUGCGUUUUUUUUUUUGUUAUUGGAAAGAAUGAAGAAAAGCAAAAAUGUUAAGAAGCCUACGCAAGCUGUGCCAGUUAACUGUAGUAAACAAACUGAUCUCUCUUCAUGGGGAGCAAGUGUCACAAAGAGUUCUGGCAGAAAAAGUGCACAGAAGAACAGCAGAGAUCAGCAAAAAUCUUCCAGUGAAGAGACAGACCAUGGCCAAGAUCCUCUUGAAGAAGCCCUAAGCUAUUUGGAGAAAAUUAAAGAUCGUACUUCACUGAAGAAUGAAGCUUUACAGAAACAUUUGGGGACUGUGGAAAAGAUUGCCCAAAAGAGAGGCUUGGCACCAGAAGAAACUGAUAUCUUGCUGAACAUCGCACUUAGUGGCAAGUUUGCUGAAGCAAUAAACACCAGACUGCUGAAGAAUCUGAUUCCCAUUUCGGCAGUAACAGCAGAUUCUGUCAUUUCUGCCGUGUCUUGGCUCUGUGUUGGCAAGUGUUCUCGCAACACUCAGGUGAUGUUUUUAAAAUGGCUAAUUGCAAUGUUUGACUUCAUUGAUCAGAAGGAAAAGGUUAAUGCUCUCUAUGGUUUCUUCUUCAGCCUCUUACAAGAUGAGAAACUGCUCCCCUUUGCCUGCCAUGUGCUGUAUUUGCUGACCAGAAGAGAGAAUGUGAAACCUUUCCGUGUGAGGAGACUCCUAGAUCUACAAGUCAGGAUGGGAACAGAACCUCCUCUGCAGGCUUUGCUAUUGAUGUAUAAGAGCUUUGCUCCUGAAAUGGUGUCCAUAACUCUGUCCACAAAAACAAAGAUACGGUUUAGGAAUUCAGAGAAUCUGUGGAAAUCAGCAAUCAGCAAUAUAAAAUGGCGUAUUAAUGGCACACUGCCUACAUCUCAGCUAAAUUUAACAGGCAUGAAGUUUCCCCAGUCCCAGAAGAGGAAAUGGAAUACAAAGUUGGCACUACCUGUAUGCAGUACCAACUCUAGAUGCUCAAAUGAGAGUCAAAAGCCCAACCAUACUGAUCUCAUCCAUCAGGCUGAAUUUUUCCCAGUGGAACAGCUACAGACCUUCCCCCAGCUUCUGCAGAAUAUCCAUUGUUUAGAGCUUCCUUCCCGCAUAGGCUCAGUGUUAGGGAAUCCUCUGUUGCUCCACCAUAUUAACUGUGUCAAAGAUGACUCCAUCUAUCAGAGAAUGUAUUACUGGAUGGGCCAAACAUUCAGAGAAGAAUGCCCUUGGUAUAAAGUUGAGAACCAGCAGUAUGAAUUGGAGUUCAAGGACUUCUUGGAGAGGGUCUUCGAAGCAGAGUGUUUCUUGCAGGAGGGCUUCUCAUCCUGUGAAGAAUUCUUGUACAGGAGCCUGCCCUUCUGGGAUGGCUGCUGCUGUCAGUCACAGGUCCUGCAGCUGGUGAGUUGGAUCCCCCUCAGCACCUUCUCAGAAAUGAAGCCUCAUCUCUGCCGACCACUGACACAGCUUUUUUUCACAUCAUCCCUUUAUUUUAAGUGCAGUGUUCUUGAAAGCCUGAGGGAGCUAUUACUGAACUGGCUAAACUGGCACAUCAUGCAAGCAGACAUGGCAACAGAACUGAAUGUUGAUGUGUUGAAUACUACCCUUUCUGGCCUGGUGAGCUCUGUGGCAGAGCUCAUUCAGUUUGUAGGCUGGCUCUCAACUAUUGCUCUGCGCUUGGAGAACAACUCUACUUUCUUGAUGCAUUUCAUCCUGGAUUUCUAUGAAAUAGUGUGUGAUGUGUAUCAGAAGUAUAACCUCCCCUUGGUUGUGAUGCCUCCUGCUGGAGUCUUCUAUCCAGCACUGCUCAGCAUGGAUUCUGUUACACUUGACCAGCUCUGCCACAUUAUGUACAGGUAUCGAACCAGCUUGGUAGCUGCAAAACAAAAUCAACAGGCUAAAAAGACGAUGCUGCAGUUCAAGUUCAGCAACCGGACUUGCAACGAAUACAACCAAUACUUAACAGCCAUGGUUGGGUGUUUGUGGACCUCAAAUGUGUUCCAGAAGGACUUCCACCCUCAGGGGAUUCAUAUGGAUCCAGAAGUGCUGGAGAAGACCAGGGUGCAGGGAUACAGGAAGGGCUUAAACGUAGUAUAUCAUCCUGCCUUGACAGGCUAUGCUGUGCUCUUCUUGCAGCAGGUACAACCAGAAGACAAAACCCCAAACUUCAAAUUAAUUCAGGGGAGACAGUGGGAAUGGUACAUGGAAUUUCUCUACUCCCAAGAGUUACAAGGCCUGAAACUCUUCAUUGAAAAUAGCAUCAACCGGGUCUCUCAAUCUUCUCAAACAAAAGCAAGCAAGUGAACAGGAUCAAAAGAGUGAUUCUUGCAGACUCUUCUGGACAGCCAAGCUAAAACAUUGGAUGUUGGAGUCCCAUUUUUGUGAAGACAGUCCCUUUGUUUCAUGGAGCUGACUUCCUGAUUCAGCAAUUGGGAAGUCUGGAGGUCCUUGCUGAGCUGGUCUGUGCAACACUGAACCUUCUCUCUUUUGGAGACUUUUUGACUAAAGUAAACACUUAAGACGGAAACACAGCCUGCCCAACGGUCACUAUCCUUUUCUCCACCUCAGGAAAUGAGAGACAUUAUUUCUGUCAGUAAACCGAAACAUUAAGGAGAGUGGUAAUGCUAAUGAGAAUUCCCAGCCUUAACCUUGUGUUGGGUAAACAUGGCAGCAGCUAGAACACCUUGGUGUUGCAUUUCACGCCUUGUUGAUACCUCAAAGACCCUGGAGCUGUUGUAAUGGCUGGCUAAAUGGCAGUUUUCUUAUGUGUGUUUUUAGCUAUGUACAUAACUGUAUAGUAGAUAUUUAUACAAUAUGUGUUCAGUAAUUUAUAUGCUUUCUGCUUUUAUUGUGUCCGAUUAAGUUAUUGGCAACUUUUUUCCAGUUGUUCCCUCUGAGGGUGUAGGGUACACUUGUAGGAACUGAAUAUUUCUCUUGACAACUUAAUGUUCACACUAGUGUGCCUUUUUAAAAAAACUAUCUCUAACUCCAUUUUCAUUUCUCAAAUGUGUUCCGUGAUUACAUCAGAAAAAGCCUUCAACUUCCUCUGUAAGCCUCUUGUGAUAUCAUCCCUACAACAUUUUCUCCUUUGAUUUGUUAGGGACCAUACCACCUAGUCACUGGUGAUUCCCAUUUGACAACAGCAUAGCUUUCCAUACCACUGGUUUAGUGCUGAAGCAUGCAGGCAUCAUGUUAGGCAUCCGGAGAAAGGACAGAUAUCCUUCUGACCCCGGCAAUAUCCUUGCAAUGAAAGCCAGAAGCCUGCAAUGUAGACAUAUCCCAUAUUAAUAUCUGCUGUGGGCAUCAGUGAGGACUAAAGCUGUCCAUGCAUCUGGAUUGUAGCUGUCAGAAAGAGUGGACUAAUAUUCUGUUUGUAAAAUUAUAGCUAUCUGGAUGAGCCCUUUUCUCAUCCAAAUAGCAUUUUUGUGCACAACAGCUUGUGUUUUGCUUGUGCUUAACUACUCUAUUAGGCCUUUCUGCAUUAAACCCCCAAGAUGACUUGCAGAAGAAGAAUAAAAAUAAAUUAACAAUACAUAAACUAGAAUAACCUAAAAAUAAAGCACUGGCAGCUUGCAGACUUGCAUGUACAAAACUGGAAUCUGCCAAAGAAUUUGGAUUCCUGAGUUUACUGUUUUAAAAUUGUUAACAAAAACAAAUCUGGUCAUAGUAUUGGAGAAGUGUUUGAAAUAGCUGGCAGGGCUCAAAAGGUUCUAAUACUUGUUGUAGCCUUUAUCUCUUACACUGCUCUCCAUGUUCUCAUCCUACCUCCUAAUUUGUUUCCACUUGGCUCCAAUGGUAUGACUUGUCCAAUUUGUGAUUCAGAAUAAAGUAGUCAGAUGUUUUAUUUCAUAUAA